AUGCAAACAACCACCCCGCAUUCAAGUACAUACAUACUGGAAUAUCUACCCCUCGCUCCCAGCUUUUUUGCUACCGUUCUUUGUGGAAACUCUCUUUUUCAAUUUUUAUUUUUAAUACGAUAUCUAUUAUACGCUUUCAGCCAGUUCUUCAAUAUGGCUCCCCGAGGACGUGGAGGAAAAUUCAGUAAACCAACUCGAGGAGGAGGCAAACACUUCAGCCGUAAUCUUCAACCUUUAGACAAAGAGGGAAGUCCUCUUGGCAUGUGGCGGGACCCGGAUGAUGUCGUAGAUGAAUCAGAAGAGGAUUCAGAAGAAGGUUCCGAGGAGGAGGAGACUGAGGGAGAGUCUGAGGGGGAGUCGGGUCGCGGCCAGUCUUCAUCCACGCAAGAAAUGACUCGCGAGGAACGCAAAGCCGCCGCGAAAGCCAGAAAGGAAGCUGCCAUUGCCAAAAAGAACAAGGUCGCCCCGGGCGACCUGCCCCCAUCCGAUGACGAAGAUGAAGACGAUGACGACAUGCCCGCUAAUCCUAAUCAUACCGCCAAAUCACGCUCUCAAGCCGCGAAGGGACCCGCGCUGGCCAAUGGGGACACUGCAUCCGCCGAUGCAAAAUCCGGUGAUAUGUCACAGCUCUCUCGACGGGAGAGGGAAGCUAUCCAUGCGCAGCAGGCGCGCGAGCGGUACAUGAAACUGCACGCCGAAGGCAAGACUGAGGAGGCUCGCGCCGAUCUCGCGCGCCUGGCGCUCGUCAAAGAACGCCGUGAGGCGGAGAAGGCGCGCAAGGAGGCUGAAAAGGAGGAGCGGGAGGAACGAGAGCGUGAAAAGGCCGAGGCGAAGGAGAGGGAAACGAAGUUGCGGGCUGCGGCGCUGGGACCUGCGGGGAAGGGAAAGAAAGGAACGCCAAAGAAGAAGGAAUGA